AAAAUGCCAGAGCUGGCAAAUUCCAACAUCACACAAAAAACUAGAGAAACGCGCUGGCGUUUGGAGUCCACACGCCCUCAUUGUCCCCUUCUCUAAAUUAAAUAAGAAUAAUAUAAACAGUCUUUUGUCACUGUGGUCACCUCAAAUCUCCUGUUCUCCUUGUCCCUUUCACCUUUCACGCUCUUCGCUCAAACCCUAGCUUAAUUAAUUCAAGUUUUGAAGCGAAAAUGGUGGUUCAAUCUUUGCAGAGCGGCCAAGCAGAGCGGAGAGUGAGCGCGAGGAUUCAGGAGAAACAGAGAGAGGAGAAGUUGCGAUUGGGGAAACGGAGAGUAGAGCUUCCUGAUGAUGCAGAAAGGGGAAGUGAUGCUAAAAAGAAGCAACACAAUGUUUCCAGAAGAAAAGAGAGGAAAGAAGAAGAUUCCGUAAAUUUGGAGGACGAGAGGAAGGUCCCAGUUCAAACAACGAAGAGUGAAAGUGAGUCUGUAAAUGGUAAUGCUGUGAACUUGGCUGAGAAAAGUGACCAUGCUAAGGUGAAGGAGACUUUGAGGUUGUUUAACAAGCAUUAUCUUCAUUUUGUUCAGGUGGAGGAGGCAAGAUGCAGAAAAGAAGAAGUGGAUAAGAAAGCUUCCAAAAAGUUAAAAUCCAAGAAAGGCAACGUACCUGAAGAAAGUACUAAAAACAAGGCCAAACGACCUGAUCUAAAGGCAGUAUCCAAGAUGAUGGAGGAAAAUGAGAUUCUGUACCCUGAGAAACGAAUUGGUGACAUUCCUGGUAUUAAUGUUGGGCAUCAGUUUUAUUCACGGUCUGAAAUGGUUGCAGUUGGUUUUCACAGCCAUUGGCUGAAUGGAAUUGAUUUUAUGGGGAUGUCCUAUGGAAGGGUGUAUAAACAAUAUCAAUUCCCUCUAGCUGUAGCCAUAGUUUUGUCUGGCAUGUACGAAGAUGACUUGGAUAAUGCAGAGGAUGUUAUAUACACUGGUCAAGGAGGACAUGACUUGACAGGUAACAAACAUCAAGUUCAGGACCAAGUCUUGGAACGUGGUAACCUGGCACUUAAGAACUGUGUGGAUCAAAGUGUGCCUGUCAGAGUAAUUCGUGGUCUUAAAUCUUCUACUAGUUAUACCGGAAAAGUUUACACAUAUGAUGGUUUGUAUAAGGUUGAACAAUAUUGGGCUGAGAAAGGCAUUUCUGGCUUUACUGUCUUUAAGUAUCGCCUGAGGCGGCUUGAAGGACAGCCUAUAUUAACAACUAACCAGGUUCAUUUUGCCCAUGGACGUGUUCCCCAAUCUAUGUCAGAAAUACGCGGAUUGGUCUGUGAGGACAUUACAGGUGGCCAAGAAAAUUUUCCCAUUCCAGCUACAAAUUUAGUUGAUGAUCCUCCUAUUGCACCAACAGGUUUUACUUAUUGCAAGACUUUACAAGUUGCAAAAAAUGUAAAGCUCCCAGCUAAUGUCACUGGAUGCAACUGCAAAGGAAGGUGUGAGAAUUCCAGGACUUGUUCUUGCGCGAAGCUUAAUGGUUCUGACUUUCCAUAUGUGCGCCGCGAUGGUGGCAGGUUGAUUGUAGCAAAGGAUGUUGUAUUUGAAUGUGGUCCAAAUUGUGGGUGUGGACCUGAUUGCAUCAACCGGACGUCUCAGAAGGGUCUGAUGUAUCGGCUUGAGGUUUUUCGUACUCCAAAGAAAGGAUGGGCUGUUAGAUCCUGGGACUUUAUACCUUCUGGGGCACCGAUUUGUGAAUACACAGGAGUACUCAUGAGGACAGAGGAUGUGGAUAAUGAGUCUGCGAGUGAUAAUAAUUAUAUUUUUGACAUUGAUUGUUUGCAAACAAUAAGGGGGCUUGGUGGAAGGGAGAGGCGACUAGGAGAUGUAUCCAUUCCAACAGUGCACAAUUCAGAUAGACCUGAUGAUCAGAGUACUGAAAGUGUUCCAGAGUUCUGCAUUGAUGCAGGUUCCACAGGAAACAUUGCCAGGUUUAUUAAUCACAGUUGUGAACCUAAUCUCUUUGUCCAGUGUGUUUUGCACUCACAUCAGGACAUUAAACUGGCACGGAUAGUGCUAUUUGCAGCAGAUAACAUACCUCCUUUGCAGGAGCUUACCUAUGAUUAUGCUUAUGCACUGGACAGUGUGCAUGGCCCUGAUGGGAAGGUGAAAAAGAUGCUAUGCUACUGUGGUGCAGCGGACUGUCGGAGUCGGUUAUUCUAGGUUUACCUAAUUAUCCUUCUUGAUUCGUGCCUGCUUCAUGGAGCUGAAAAAAUUACCAAUAUUGUGUAUCAACCAGGUAAUCACUUGGGUUUUUGGUGUUUUUUUCCCUUUCUAAAUUUUUUGGGGUGCCGAAAUAACAAUUAUGCCCCUGAAUAUUUUGAUGCCUCCAUUGUAGGCUGGAUAGUGUAUUUUCUGGUUAACAUAAUUCGCUGAUGUAUGUUGUAGCUCAAGAGAAAUGUGCAAAGAACAAAGUGUUUUAAGUGGUGUUGAGAAUCUUUAUCAGA